GUGUCCGAGUCGGAGUCGGAGUCCGAGUCCGAGUUGACUCGCCGCGAUCUCAUACUCAUUCAUUCUCUCCGACCCACAAACCUAACCUUUUUUUUGGCUUUGUUUGUUGUGUUGUGUUCUGCAAACUCAUUCGUUCAUAAUUUCAUUGCGUGGAUCUGCAAACUGGCUAUGGACUACGAACCCUACGACAGUAGCGGUACUGAUGAUGAUCUUCCACCAACCCAUCAAAAUAGAAUUCCCAGGGGAGGAGGAGGACGCCUAGCUGGGAAUGGAAGAUCUGCUGUUGGGUCAAUUCCGUACCCAAGAAUGUAUGGUGAAAUUGAUAUGGAGGCCCAGAUUCAUCAACUUGAGCAAGAAGCAUACAGUUCAGUUCUAAGAGCCUUUAAAGCUCAAUCCGAUGCCAUUACUUGGGAGAAAGAAAGCUUGAUUACGGAGCUGAGAAAAGAACUGAGAUUGUCAAAUGAGGAACACCGAGAACUUUUAGGUCGGGUUAAUGCAGAUGAUGUGAUACGGAGGAUAAGGGAAUGGAGACAGGCAGGUGGACAUCAGCCUGGUGUACUUAGUACUGGUCAAGGUCUUCAUGAUUCAAUUCCCAGUCCCACGGUCUCUGCAUCUCGCAAAAAGCAGAAGAUUACGCCGUCUGUACCACCAUCACGAUCUUUUGGUGGGCCUUCUCCUCCAUUUCACCCCCAAACAGUGACUGCACCCCAUCAACCAUCUUCUUCUGCAGCGAAACGGGGAUCUGUUCCUGGGUCUAAAGGAAAGAAGCACAAACCUGGUCAAAUAUUACCUGGUGUCUCUUCAAUGAAGCAGUAUCCAUCCUCGGGACCAGGUGGAAGGAGUCAAGUACCUAAUAGAGCUGUCAUGGGUGAGCAUGCUGAGGGAGCAUCGUUUGAUUCAUUGAUUGGUAGGAGAGUACGGACAAGAUGGCCUGAUGACAAUAACUUUUAUGAAGCUGUUAUCACGGACUACAAUCAAGCUGAUGGACGACAUAAUCUGGUCUAUGACAUGGGGAGUACAAAUGAAACAUGGGAAUGGGUUAAUCUAUCAGAGAUAUCUCCCGAAGAUAUUCAGUGGGUAGGUGAGGAUCCUGGAAUCAAUCAUCGUGGGGGUUUUGGAGGCUCUGGUCAUGGGAUGAAUAGGUCUGUAGGACGUGAUGGUGUUCCUGGAGCUGGAAGAGGUAGAGGAGCUACAAAGGGGCAAUCCAGAAAAGAUUUUUUGUCAUCACAGAAUGGCAUAGGAAAGAAGGCGCCUGAUGAUAUACAAAUACUUCACACAGACACACUAAUCAAAGAGGUGGAGAGGGUAUUCAGUGCAAAUCACCCUGAUCCCCUUGAAAUUGAGAAAGCAAAGAAAGUAUUGAAGGAUCACGAGCAGGCUCUUAUUGAUGCAAUUGCAAGACUUAACGAUCUUUCUGAUGGUGAAAGCGAUGGGGCUGGCCACCAUUUCUCACAUGCUCAAUCAAUGGAUCGAGAGUGAUGAUCGAGGAGUACCUGUUGUACACAAUGAGCAGAGGAGGCAUUAUGGUAGCAUAAUUCUGGAAAAGGGUGUAUUUCUCUUGUAUUAUGACAUAAAGAUUAUUACCCUCUAACAGUUUAUAGCCGUAGGCAUGGUUCUUGUGAAUUAGGCAUUAUCUAGGAUGGCAAAUAUUGUAGUUUGGUAAUAAUUAUUUAUUUCAGUUUGAAAGUUGACCUAGGACCAGCUGAUACUUGUAUAAUUCUCUCAUUAGUGAUUAAUGUGUGGUAGUGUAUAAAUUCUUGUAUUUGAUGUGUCAAUUUGGUGUCCACUUUUCAACUUUGCACAUC